AUGGUACCAACAUUGAAUUUCUUAGUGCCAUCUUUACAUCCCAACACGUUAGUCGACCUUUGUUUUCCUUCACCUACACUUGGUGCGGUCCCUUCUGCUCCUGAACCAAUAGUCCAACAUCUUCCAAUCAAAUACGGUACUUUCCAGCCUCUUGGUCGAUCGAAGAAGAUUUUGGCAACGGGUGACAAUCAAGUAGUCAUCGCGGAUGAUAAAUUUCAAAUAUCUACUUUAGAUUUAUCGCCUCUUACAACUGGAACUGGAACAGAAACAGAGAUAGAUCAAGAGGAAGAUGUGCAAGUCAGUCCGAAUCCACCGGUUGUGAAAAAGCAGGAAUCGAUAAAAGGUAGAAGUAAAGAUAUCUGGGCUGGAUUAAUCGGUGUUGAGAACGGUGUAAUAGCAGCUCUUACUUCAGGCCAAUUGACCUAUCACCCUACAUUAUCUGAACAAUCAACGGAACCAUCUUCUAUCUCAUCUUCUUCUUCUUCUUCUUCUUCAAGAUCAAUCCCAUCUCCUCUACAAUGUCUAACCUCAACAUCACUCUCUCCUAACACCUUCGUGACUGCAGGCAAAGAGAUCGACGUCUCGAUCUGGGAUAUAGAAAGGACGUUUGGUUCUUCUGGCGAUGAAGUGAACAAACUUUGGGAUAAUGGGAAAAGGAAGAAAAACGUUUUGGAAAUUGGUCAAAUUUGGCAAGCUAAAAAUGUUCCACAAAACAACCUAUCGUUGAGACAACCUAUAAAUCAUCUUUCACUCACUUAUCUAACGGAAUCACCUUAUUUAUUGGUCAGUGGUACGAAAGCAGGUACAGUCAGGAGAUAUGAUACAAGACAAAGAAAACCUCUAUCAGAUUGGAAAGUAGCUAAAGAAGGUGGAGUAGGAUGUGUUGCUGCUGGUGUCGAACACGAAUUGUUCUUUUCGGAUCAUUCAAAUUUAUUGGCUUCGUUAGAUUUAAGAACAGGUAAAAUCUUAUAUACAUAUUCAUCAUUGACUUCAACCCCCAAUCAUAUCAUUCCUAUACCUACAUUAUCUACUUCAGAACCAGCAACCAGAAGAUUAGGAUUAGCAAGUAUCUCAUCAGACGCUUCUUUCAGGUUACACACUUCUACUACACCUCCAGCAGAAGACAUGAAAGGUAAUUUCGGUGGUGACGGUAAAAAAGGAGAAGUCAUCAAGAUGGUAGGUGGAAUAGGUAUAGGUCAAGGUAUUUUCAGAGGAUAUAGUGAAAGAAAUAUCAUUUCUACGAUCGAAAAGAAAGUCAAGGGCGAAGGACAAGAUGCGGAUGAUGAGGACAACGAAGAAGAAGUCUGGCAAGGCAUGGAUGCUAUUGAAGAUACUGGCGUGGAAAGCAGUGAAGAAGAUCUAGAUUCAGAUUCAGAAUCGGAUGCAGGUGAAGAAGAUAGAAUUAUAGUGAAAUCUAAACCAAAGAAGAAAGCUCGAAAUGUGUAA